CGCGUUUAGGACGAUCCUGUGAGGCAGGACCCGCCCUCCUUCUCCUCUUGCACUUGUCAAAGGCCACCGAUCGCAAAUGACAUCACAGUCGUACCCGCAGACUCACACGCAGAUUGCACCGGGACAACCUGCCUUCUAAGUUAACAUACAGCCAGGGCAUUUAAAACAAACAAACAAACAAAAAAAAAAAACUUACUUCAUAUCAUUUAGAUGCCACAAUGCUGCCUUUCAGAAGAACUUUUGAGAGCGAAAAACACCAGCUGCAGGAGCUCAACAGCAGACUUGCCCAGUACCUUUCCAGGACGAAGCAACUGGAGCAGGAAAAUGCGCAUCUGAUUACUGAAAUAAACAAACUAAGGCAAGCGAAAGCGGCGGAACGGGAGACGACGUACAAGGAUGAGAUGCGGGAUCUGAGGAGAAUGGUGGGGCAGCUGUCGUUGGAAAAGUCCCAGGCUGAGAUGGAGAGGGAGAAGCUAUGGCGGGAGUUGCAGAUGGUCCGGUCUCUGUGCAACGAGCAGACUGAAGUGUGCAGGGACAUCAGCGGCGACCUGAAAGGCUGCGAGACGGAGCUUCACCACGCUCACAAGACCAACACUGAACUCCAGCAGCGUUUAUUUCAGCUGGAGAACGAGUAUAAGUGUUUGGAGGAUGCACACAGGCAAGAAAUGGGCCGUCUCCGGCGUCAGGUGGUGCCCGUCGUCACGCAAACUUACCGCGGACCUCCGGCGGCCUCCAUGGAAGAGGUGCAAGAGUACGCCCGCGGUCUGUCCGAAGGAUGGAUUGAGACCUUUGAAAUGUACCAGCAGAAGGUGGAGGAGAUGGAGCAGUCGAUUAAAGCGGACCAGGCGAUGCUGAGCGACCUGCAGAGGGAAAAGAUGCUGUACGCCUCAGAGUUGGACAAAGUGCGCAUGGAGGCGGAAAAACAAAGCCAGAAUCAAAUGCUCCUUGAAGAACAACUGAUGCACAUGCAGGAAAAAUUCAGGGUGGACUGCAGUGAAUAUCAGAUGAUUAUUGAGCAGCUGGAGCACGAGAGAAACGUGAUGGCUGAAACUAUUGCUGAAAAGAUGCGAGAGCAUCAGCAUCUUCUUCAGGUUAAGAUGGAUCUGGGUAUGGAGGUGGCUGCCUACAGGGCUCUUCUGGAAGGCGAGAGAGUGGGUCUGCAAGAUGCUCAUAGGAAAGUGACUCAACAUCAAAGAGAAAGAAUAAUAGAUAUCAGACUGCCUGCCCAGCCCUACACCCCAAGAGCUUCCACCUUUAACACCAGACAACAUAUGGAUAUCAGGUACACGCCGCCAUCUUCAAACCUGAGAAGGUCCCCUGCACCUCCCUCUGGGUCCAUAAGUCCUUCUAGGGUCAUUCCUAUUUCAGUGGCAGGCAGAACUCGGCAUCAGAGUCCUGCCUCCAGAAGGGACAUGAUCUCAUUCACCAAAGCUCGGUCCGCCACCUCUGCCCCUGCUACCACCACUGCCACUACUGCCAAAGAUAAACAAAUAGGACAGAAAGAAAACCAAAUUGAUCCAACUGGACGGAAAACAAUGGGAAUGGAGAAGACUGUGAAAAUCAAACAGGUCUCUGACAUAGAGAACCAAGUCAGUCCCAUCAAAUCCAUCUCUACUGAGACUAAAUCAGUCAGAGUGGUGUCACCUCCAAUGAUGAGCCUGGGUAUGAAAACUCAGAGAGAAUGCAAAAAGCAAGUGUCAGAUGAAAAAGAAAAAGAUAAAGUAGAUGGAGAUGAGUUCAGAAAUGAAGGGAAAACAGAGCCUAUAAAAGGCACAAGUGAGAAAAAGAUAUUAGAUUCUGUGUCUGUGGAGGAGAUAAUUGAGAAAGUGAUAAAACCAGCAGGUCUGGAAGCAAAGGUUUGCUCCUCAGGAGAUUCAAAGAUAAGGUAUCAUGUGGAGAAAACUGAGCAGGAGGAUGGCACAAGUAAGACACAGAUUGUACUGGAGUCCAAAGUGGAGGAAGAAGUGGACAUAACUGAGGACUCAGCGUUGGCUGAACUACUGAACCAAGGGGUUAAAAAGGUGUCACUGGAAGACAUCAAGGACACAGCAACAGGAAGCAUGAUCAAGAACUUGUUAAGUGGCCUGCAGGGCCACGAGGACCUGGGAAAUAAGUCUGUCAAUGUGGAAAUCAUUGAGGAACCAGUGGAGUCUCACAGUGAUGAGGAGAUUGAGGUUGAACAGAAGACCAGAUCUAGUUUUUAUGAGCCCUCUUCAACCUAUUUCCAAAUUGAGGAGCUAGAAAAUGUCCCUCAUGGCACUCAGUUUCAGAGGAGUGAUGGUGAUACCAUGAAAACCUCCAUGCCAGAUACAGAUAUAGACCACAGCAAGGUCGGAUCUGUACAAGUUCAAGACGCUUCUAGAGAGACAGAAUCUUCAUAUUUCUCCCAUGACCAAGAGCCUCAUGAGUAUUUUGUCUCCACACCAGAUGAUAAUUUUUCUGAACCUGAAGAAGGUGGUGGCAUUACUUCAUAUGGUCAUUAUGGUAUCUUAGAUGACCUGUCAGAUGAGAGGUAUUAUCAAGAUGAAGUUCUUCCCCCAAGAAGAGUGAUUGUAGAAGAAAGCGAUGAAUACAAGUUCACGUCAGGUGAUCAUUCGUUUGUCAAAGAGAGUUUCCCAGAGUGCAUCAUUGAAGAGGAGGUUCGUGUCUCCCCUGUAGUGCAAGAGUCAGUUCUCGAGUUCCUGAGAGAGGAAUCUUUGGAGCCCAAAGAGCAGCUGAAGGGAGCUCUGGAGAAGCUACAAAGCUCUGUGUCAGGUCCACUGAGGGAGGAGUUAGCUUUUCUCACCAAAGUGGGGGCUGAAAGUCCACAGAAUGUUGCUGUUGAUGUAAAAAAAGUCCAACAGUCAAGUGACAAUGGCACCACGACUAUAGUUGCAGAGCUGAAUGUCUCUCAAACCCUGGAAGAUUCUGGGCUGCUGGAGACAGGAGAUGAUCUAUCUGAAGAGCAGAUCAUGGCAGGUCUCAGAUCAUCUAACCUUGGGCUUGAGAAAGUCUUCCAGGGUGGGGCAGGAGGAGGAUACAGCUUCAGAGUCUCCAAAGAAGAGGAUGUUGUAUAUGGUGGAGAGUUCAAAGGCUUCACUAGAGAAGGAAAGUCUGUGUCUGAAAUCACUGAGAAGCAUAUUAAAUUGGGGCCAUCAGAAAAGUCUUACACCUUCCAGAUGGACAUACAGGGCCGCCAUGCUGAGGCAGCCCCAGAAGAAAAGCUGCAAUCUCAAAUUUUGGAGACCCCAGUGAAGAUUUCUCAAGAGAAAAGAAUUGCAACAGUUUACCUUGAAAGCCCAACAGAUGAUUAAGAAGUCAGUCAGAAAUAUUUUCAAACCCAGUACAUGCCAAUGUUAGGAGGUGCACAUACAGAGGUUGUUCUAGUGCAUCAGCCCCCUCAGACAUGGCAUUAAUGCUGCUUGCACACAAUGUAAUAAUGCUGAAAGCUUUGCAGUAAAACAUAACGUAUCUAUUUGA